ACUCCAGACAUCAGCUGUCCACACACAGAGUGGACUUCAGCGUGGUAUGCUUGCACAAUGGGUAUGAACAAAUAUAAAUACACCAAAUCUCUCAGUAAUAAGAUACACUGCGAAAAGACAAGAGCUUCAAGAGCAGGUUGAUCAUGGCAUCGCACACCUUAUUCUGCUGUUCCCUCCUGCUCCUCUUUCUGUACACUGCCUCUACAUUUCCGACCAUUGAUACAAUCAGGGAUCUGAGAGGUAUAUGGUACGGCAACAUCUUCCCACGACAUGGUCUCCAUCUGCUUUACUGGUUUGUUGACCAAUCAGAGAUUGACAAAAGCCACGACAUCAUCCAAACCCAUUUCGAUCCAGCCAGAGGUGACUAUGGCUUUGGUUACUUCAAUAAUAACGACAGUUUCCUCCCAGCUCUGACCGAUCCAAAGAGGCAAGCUUACUAUGCAGUGGGGGAUAUCAGUAAGGCUAAAUCUUGGGCCUUGCCUGAGUAUAUCACUCAAAACUACUACAACUCACUGAAGUCGGGGAACAGAAACAGGGAUCGGAUGAUUGUCAGGGUUGCCCGGGCCAAUGGGCCAAAUCAGUUCAGGUUGGACGAGGUCUUUGUCACUCAAAUGUAUCCUCUCAAUGACAACCAAGUGAAUUCCUUUGAUCCAAAUCACACGAAUAGUAUUGGCUUCGACCUCUUACGAGAAAUUCAGACGUUACAGAUGGUCAGAGGAAGGAACAACACAUUGGCCGGUCUGGAGGCAUUUCUGACGCAAUCAGGAUAUCAAACGUGCCCGACACCUGAAUUUCAAGUCUGUUCUGCAAAGUCGGUCCGAUUCCAAAGGCUUCAGAUGGUGGAAAUGAAGACUGAGGACGAUUGUCACCCGCUGAGGCUUGACGUCAAACCAGCUGAGAACGGCUACCUGAAAAUGAGUUGGAGCAACCUACCGAAGUCCAUCAUGGACCGUUACAUGGUGGUGGGGCUUUUCAAGGACGAUGGCAGUACGACCAAACUAGCUGAGUCCUCCGUCGGCAACGACACAUCUGGAACCUCAGACGUUUCCGUGGCCCUGAACCCCGGUGUUCAGGUCAGGCUACUUAAAGGGAAAUCUCUCUGGGACAUGAACGACAGGGAAGUCUGGAGAGGUGCAGAAUUUGACGAUGCGGACGGUUUGAUUCCCAUUGUCGUGAAAGGCUACGAUGCCAGUCUGCAGCUCUACACUAAAAAUGGCUACGCCUGCGCUCGCCUGUUCGUGAAGAUGUCCUUCGCUGACUGGAAGGAGGUGUUUAAUUACUCGUGGGUAGGGUUCUACUCGGCAAACAGCGUCAACAACAACGAGUACCGAACCUUCCAGUGGGCAGGGACUUUCACUAAAGAGAUUUCCUCAGAGGAGAUACCUGAGUAUGAUGUCUAUGUUUAUGAGUCCAGUAUGGCCAUUUCUCCAGGUGCCCAGGCCAGAUUCAUGCUGUCGAAAUACAACGAAGUAGCACGUACUGUGGCCUGGGAAAGUCAACCCUAAAAACCGAAGCCAUCUAUGAAAUGGACAUCAUCUUUUACUUCAUGGUGAUGCUGGGGUCUUUGAGGCUUAUAUCAUGUAUUUAACCUUUGAAUCAUUGUUGUUUCUGUAACUUUAUCAGACAUAUGACUGAAUUAACUUUUUCAAGGAACCACGUAUUUUAACCUAUAGGAGUUCGACCACAUUACUACAUUUCUUUGGCACCCUUGUUCCAUGAAUAAUUCUGUUAACUCUUGACUUUAUUCACAAAAUAUAACGUAAUUGUAAUCAACUGCACUAAGUAAGCUAUGCAACAGUUCACCUGACACAAGACAGAAUCCAAUGUGUACUUCACAUUUACUGUACUUUUCGCCGUAUUUGUUGUUAACAAAAUCUGAAACUACUCUAGAUACAUUCAGUAAAGUGAUAAGAAUAUUCAUAGAGACUUUUGAGUAGGUGCAAAAAAAUGAAAACUGUUUGAGUGAGAGGUCUAACUGGUGUUUCCAAGUGGCCACAUACCUCUCCAAAUUGAGCACAUUUCCUAUGUAAUUGAAAUGUAAUUGUAUGACUAAAAGAAGAGUCUUCAACCAUAAGGUGCUUUUUAUUUUGCUCUCCUAGCUGUGCCGGAACUAGAGCAAGCACUUGUAUUUAUUUGUUUUUUUGGAACACAGCCCUCCACAUACUUUUAAGUUAUGUACCCAGUAGGUCCCUCGGGUCCUCUGGCCUUUUAACUUUCCCAAAGACUAGGACCAAGAGGCAUGGAGAGUGUUUCGUAAUUAUGCCCCCAGCCUCUGGAAUAGCCUGCCAGAGAACCUGAGGGGUGCUGAAACUGUGGACAUAUUUAAAAUAGAUCUUAAAACACAUCUUUUUAGCUUUGCUUUUCCUUAGGGUGCUUUUUAGUAACCCAGUUUGUGUCAUUCUUUAGUUUUUUUAAAUCUUGUGUUUGUUGUGUAGUAAAUAUUUCAGCUUAUAUUUUCAUUGUUUUCCUGUAAAGCACAUUGCGUUGCAUUCCAUGUCUGAAAUGUGCUGUAUAAAUAAAGCUUGAUUGGAUUUGA